AAUCCAACACACACACACACACAUGCACACAGAGCGCUGAAUGGUGGAAUGCAAGAUUUGUCUUGGACCAAAAUCGACUGACUAACUAAACUACAAGUUAGUUUAGAAACCGCUUCUGAGCAGCCGGCCUUUUUCACUGCCUUGUCGCGAGUAAAGGAGGAGAUGCAUCUGGAUGACGAUUUAUUCAAGCGCUUCUGCGUGGCCAAGUCCUUCAAAGAGAAUGAGGCCAAGACCAACUCGAUGAAUUUCUCUUGGGACGGCCUGAACUUGAUCACGUCCUCCGAGGACGACCAGAUCAUCAUUUUCGAUUGCGAAAAGGGUGUUCAGAAGCGUCUGGUCAAUUCGCAGAAAUAUGGCGUGGCCCACGUGCGAUUCACGCACGCCAAGAACGCCAUCGUGCACGCCUCCACCAAGGUGGACGACGAUUUGCGGUAUCUGUCCUUGCACGACAAUAAGUUCAUCCGAUAUUUCAAAGGCCACACCAAGAAGGUCAUUUCCCUGGCCAUGAGUCCCAUCGACGACUCGUUCAUUUCCGGCUCGGCCGACAACUCGGUCCGAUUAUGGGACUUGCGGGCGCCCAACUGCCAAGGGGUCAUGCAUGUGGGCGUGGGCGGCAAGCCCGUGUGCGCCUUUGACCCCGAGGGCCUGGUCUUCUCCGUGGGCGUCCAAUCCGAACAGGUCAAACUCUUCGAUUUGCGAUCCUAUGAUAAAGGUCCUUUCGCCACGUUUGUCUCCCCCCAAGAGAAGAACUUUGAAUGGACGGGUAUCAAAUUCUCGCCCAAUGGCAAGUAUAUCCUCCUCACCACCAACGGGCCCUUUAUGCGGCUGCUCGAUGCCUUUGAAGGCAAGCCCUUGCAGACCUUUGCCGGCUUCCAGAACAAUCGGGGCGUGCCCAUUGAUGGUGGCUUCUCGCCCGAUUCGAGAUACGUCAUCUCGGGCUCGACCGAUGGGCGGAUCCACAUUUGGGAUACCGAAUCUGGUAUGAAAGUGUGUAUCUUGAAUGGCGGACAAAUUGGGCCCACGCAGUGCGUUCAAUUCAACCCGACCUAUUUCAUGAUGGCCUCGGCCUGCUCCCAUUUGAACUUGUGGUUGCCCAAUACCAAAGACGAACCCACUACUGCUUGAGGGCAUUGAGCUUCCCAUCGAUUCAUACAGCGUUCGUGUGUCAAAUAAUUCGGGUGAUAAUAUCCCUUUCUCCGCUCUACGCCAGAAUUUGACAGUUCCCAAUCAUCCCCGGUUUGUUAUGGUGACUUUGGUUAUUUUUGUAACGACUCGUUCAAUAUUGGGCGCGCCCGAGAACUCGUAUAUUUAUUCGUGUCUAAUAACAAAACAACGUGAUUUAGCUCAA